CUACUUCCUCAUUGCUAAUAGUUCAAACACUUGGAAACACAUUUUUGAGAAAUAUUCACGAUGGCUGGUAAAUUAAACGCCUUGACCAGUGAUUCAUAUAUCGACGUAAGCCAAUACAGAGACCAGCAUUUUAAGGGUAAUCGUUAUGAGCAAGAAAAGCUGUUGAAACAGAGCCACACUUUAUAUGUGGGAAACCUUUCCUUUUACACCACUGAGGAGCAGGUACAUGAGCUGUUUUCUAAAAGUGGAGAUGUGAAGCGCAUCAUCAUUGGUCUGGACAAGAUCAAGAAGACGGCCUGUGGAUUCUGUUUUGUAGAAUACUACACACGUGCAGAUGCAGAACACGCCAUGCGCUUCAUUAAUGGCACACGACUCGAUGACAGGAUCAUCAGGACAGACUGGGAUGCCGGGUUUAAAGAGGGUCGGCAGUACGGCCGCGGCAAGUCUGGAGGACAGGUGAGAGAUGAGUAUCGGCAGGACUACGACCCCGCCAGAGGUGGAUACGGGAAACUGGCUCAGCAGCAUCGAGUUACAGAAGGACGCAAUAGUUUUUAGACUGAAGCCCACGACAGCCUACCUGGACCCAACUUAGACUCAACUCCAUCAUUUAUUUCAGCUGGUUAUUCGUCCUAAUGGAACAUACGGACUGUCAGACUCUGUCUCCUGUUUCUCCCAGAGGCUCUUUUCUCUUCUGGCUCUGUGACUGUGUUAUUCUACCAUCAGGCUGCAGUGGAGGCUCAGGCAAAUCCCCAAUGUCCAUGUGUGAUAUUUAAAACUGUUUUCAUCAUCCUGUGGUUAGUAAUAAUCAGAAAUUCCCCCACAGGCAGGAGAGGCUGAUGGAAACAUCUGUGAUGUCAGGACUAGUCGUCUGUCAAACGCUCUUCUUUUUAAAGAAAAGGAAGGAAAUGUGACGUCAUCUUAAUGAUUUCCAUGAAUGAAAUCCUGUGCAUCAAAUGUGUAUACUUUUUCUUUUUUAAAUAAAUGUUUUUUUAAAAACA